AUGAUUGAACGCGCAAGCGCCGCCCCUACUCCUACUACAGCGGAUUUAAGGCUUUGGCGAAAGGGUAUAGAUAACACGUUACUACAACUUCCCUCCUACUACAUACUUAACUACAACUUCACUCGCAUUAAUCUCUGGUGGCUUAGACGGUACGUUCGUUCGAUUAUUCUACUAGAACAGUCUCGUCGAGAUGCCUUACCAUCCGAUACUAUCGGAGAAGAGCCAUGCAAUUAUGACCAAAGCGCACCUACGCCAGCAAAUAUAUUCGAUAAUUAUAGGCUUCGUGGAAAUCUCCUAUCUUACCUAUCCAUCUUCGAAUACUACAUGAUAGUACGUACCAAGAGACGCCAGGAUGCGACAACAGAAGACCUUCGCUUGCGAGUAGGACAGGAUCUAAUGGGCGCUUUAAUUACCUUACUCGUGUACGAGAUUAUUCCCCUAAAUAAGAAACAACGUAUCGUUAUAGAGAAGGUGCUCGGCGAAGUACUCAUCUACGCUAACCAUCUAUAUGAUCCUUUGCUACGGAAGCAAACACUCCUCUACGUCGGAGGUAAAUGUAGAGUGGGCAAGAGCCAGAUAAUCAAAGCGAUUGUCGCCGCGAUAGAUCUAAUCAACCGUAAGAACGAAGUCAUCCUAAUGGCCCUAACAGGCGCAGCGGCUAAUGUCAUUAGAGGAGGCAUAUACUAUACAUCUCUUAGGAUUUCUUUAAACCGUUAUCAGCGAGCUAUAGUGGGACUAAGGUCGCCAAAAACUAUUAUGAUAAUAGACGAGAUGAGCAUAGUAGACCUCACCGCGCUUAGCAUCAUCAACACCCACUACAAGAGCACGCGAUCCCUUGACAGAUCCUCUCUAGACCUCUUUAGUGGUUUACCCAUAGUCAUUCUCAUAGGAGAUUUUUACUAA